AUCCUUUGCGCUCCAUGGAGCUUCUGGAUCAGCCUCGUUAUUUAGAAAGGCCCAGCCAGAGCUCAGAAGUGGAGCACACAGGCUUUGCACGCAGGCGGGCCCAAGCCCAGCCUCUGGCGCCUCAGUUAGGACGGCUAGCGGCCUUCGAGGGGCUGGUGUCACCAGAGCAUCCAGUGGUGGGGACAUAAGGAGCCAUGGCGCCCAGCCGGAAUGGCAUGAUCUUGAAUCCCCAUUUUCACAAAGACUGGCAAAGACGAGUGGCCACAUGGUUUAAUCAGCCUGCUAGGAAGAUCCGCAGGAGGAAGACCCGUCAGGCGAAGGCCCGUCGUAUUGCUCCACGUCCGGUAUCUGGACCAAUCAGGCCAAUUGUGAGGUGCCCCACUGUACGUUACCACACAAAAGUCCGUGCUGGUAGAGGAUUCAGCUUGGAGGAGCUGAGAAUGGCUGGCAUCAACAAGAAGUUUGCCCAGACAAUUGGUAUCUCAGUGGACCCCAGGCGCCGGAACAGGUCAACAGAAGCCCUGCAAGCAAAUGUGCAGCGGCUGAAGGAAUACCGCUCUAAGAUCAUUCUCUUUCCCCGGAAACCUUCUGCCCCUAAGAAGGGCGACAGUGCAGCUGAAGAGCUCAAGAUGGCCACACAGCUCUCUGGACCAGUUAUGCCCAUCAAAAAUGUCUACAAAAAAGAGAAAGCCCGAGUUAUAUCAGAGGAAGAGAAGAAUUUCAAGGCUUUUGCCAGCCUGCGCAUGGCCCGGGCAAAUGCUCGGCUCUUUGGCAUCCGGGCUAAGCGAGCCAAGGAAGCAGCAGAGCAGGAUGUGGAAAAGAAGAAAUAAACUCUUUGUACGGAGCACCUCAAUAAAGGAUAGAUUUGGAACUA